UUCUUGUUCUUUGACUCCUUCCGGGCGCCUAAUAAUGACGUCACAUGUCGCAUCUCGGAAGACGAAUAUGAACGCAGUGACGUUGCACGUGGCCGUUUUGGGUUGAGUAUAUCAGUGGCGCAGAAGGAUAAUAAACUUUCGUGCAGAAAUCGUGAAAACCACUGAUCAUGGAUCCAAAAGACCAAGAGGAAGAUCUUAAUAUGGAACAAUUUAUGGAAAAAUUUAAAACUCAGAAAUACAAGGGUGCAUUUAAUGAAGACUCCUGGGAGGAGGAGUUUGACAAGAUCCCGAUGUUCAUGAAAAAAGCUCCUUCUGAAAUUGACCCCAAAAAAGCACCUGAGCUGGCUUGUCUUCAGUCCAUUUUGUUUGAUGGAGACCCUGAAGAGCAGGCAAAGUCCUAUAAAGAUGAGGGCAAUGAGUAUUUUAAAGAAAAAGAUUACAAUAAAGCAAUCACAUCAUAUACAGAAGGCAUUAAGAAGAACUGCAAAGACCAAGAAUUGGAUGCCAUACUGUACACCAACAGGGCGGCAGCACAAUUUUAUUUAGGUAAUUACAGAUCUGCUCUUAAUGAUGCAACUGCAGCAAGAAAACUGAAGCCUGAUCAUUUAAAAGCAGUGAUAAGAGGUGCCUUGUGCUGUGUGGAAAUAAAGAACUACACUGAAGCUUUGAAGUGGUGUGAUGAAGGCCUAAAGUUCAAUCCAAAUGAGAAGAAACUGUUAGAAACUAGAGCAAAAGCUGAUAAACUGUUGAGAGCUGCAGAACGAGAUGUUAGAAAGAUGAGGCAAGCUGAGAAGAAGAAGAAGGCUCAAAAAGAAGCCCUGCGUUGUGCCUUUAAGGACAGAAGGAUCAGAUUUCAUCAGCAGGCUCUAGGUGAGGAAGAAGAGCAAGAGGAGGGGACAAUAUUGCCAUUUGAUGCAGUAAGCUCUGAGAAUGCCACCGGGGCACAAGUAUAUCUAGAUGAGAAUGGCCGACUGAACUGGCCUGUACUUUUCUUGUAUCCAGAGCACAGACAGACAGACUUUAUAUCUGCUUUCCAUGAGGACUCUAGGUUGAUUGAUCAUCUAAAUGCAAUGUUUGCAGAAUCGCCUCCUUGGGAUGAAGAUCAGAAAUAUCAUUCUCAAAGUCUGGAGAUUUACUUUGAAGAUGAAGAGUCCCAGUCCUUCUAUCAGGUGAAUCCUGAAGCAACUUUACUUGAGGCAAUGCAGCACAGGAGAUUCCGAGUGAAAGCUGGAACACCAUCCUUUUUACUCUUUGUGACACAAUCGCCAUUCUGUAUUAACUAUUUCUCCAGUAAGAGAGUUUAUAGACUGCCUUCUGCAUAGGGCUGAAGUAACAAAUACUCUAAAGAACAUGUGCGAUGCAUCUUAUUUUGUAAAGAACAUUUUAGACCGUGUUCGUUUUAUUAAGUGGAGCUGAAUGGAAACAGUCUUCUUGGAUCUCCUGUAUUCAAAUUUGGAUGUAAACUCGAUGCUGGCUGCUCACAUGACAAGUGUUGCAUACUGUAUUUCCUAUGCUACAAAUUAAUCAUCUGAUCUGUGUAAAUUAUACCUGGCUACUGUUUUCCAUAUUUUUUUUCAACCAGUUGGUCUUUAUCAGUUCAACUAAUUCUAAAAUAUGCUGGGCUGCAUUUAUAACAGACUAGUGCCCAGGGAUGUUAUAACACGUGACGGACGUUUCUGAUGCCUCGUCUUUUUUUAUUUUAUAGUGCUUUGUGCAGGAAGCUAAAUAUACUGAGCUGGCUGAUGUUUUAUACUUCCUUGCUGCUCACUUGACUUGCAUGCAGUACAGAGAGGAAAUCAAAUUAUAGUACAAGAAGCACUGACAAAGCUAGUUUUUUAGGGACUUUACCUAAUAUAACAGCUGUAGCAGGUAAGUGGAGAUGCUGCUGACGGUGCUGUGAUUAAAGGCAGUGAUUACUUUUACAGCUCUGCAUAUAUAUAAAAAAAAAAAUGCAAUCACUGUAUUCAAGGAAGAGGUUGAUAAGAUAAUGAAUAUACUAAGAAAUGUGACCCAUAAAUUAAAUGAAACAUAUUUUAAUAAAAAUAUAUCCUCGGUG